AUGGAAGUCACCUGGGAAAAAGGUGGUCCAGGACUUGUAUGGUUCACCGAUAAGAACUAUUGGGAUGAAAGGGAGAAAGGAACUGAUUGCGAUUGGGCCUGGGCGGAUGACUGGGAUGUUGACUACUCAGUUUAUUACGAGGGAAAGUCCGCAGGCUCGAAAGAUGCUCACGAUGCCGUUGAGAUCAGAGAGGAUGAGGCAAAGAGGUCAGGAAAGUUGGAAGAGUCUGUUUUCACAAAGAAAUCUACGUCAUCUGGAUCGCUGCGAAAACGUCGAAAUAGUGCUUCGGACGUUUUGGAUAUCGAGCAGUACAAUAAGGGCAUCGGAAGUAAAUUGCUCGGAAGGUAG